AUGGAUCCUUCGCUGUAUGAGGCAGUGAAAUCUGGUGAUCUUUGUUUUCUCAAAGAAGUUAGAGAUGGGGAUAGAUCAGUUGAUAUUCUCUUUCAGAAGACCCCUAAAAACAACAAUGUUCUUCACAUAGCUGCUCAGUUCAAGCAAACACAGUUCUUCAAGGAAUUCCCAAAUCAGAUUCAAUCUCCGUUGUUUUGGGCCACCAACACCAGAGGUGAUACUCCCAUGCACAUAUUGCUGCUAGGGAUGCAGCAGGAGACCAGACCAGCCGAUGCUGAAGCUUAUAAAGAGUUACUUCGAAUGACUAAUUCGGAAAAAGAUACAGCUUUGCAUGUUGCUGUUAAAAGCGGGCACCAUGGUGUUGUCAUUCUGUUAAUGGAUGCUGAUCCUGAAUUGAGCUGUUAA